AACAAAUUGUUUAGACUAGGAUAUAAUAAAAUGGCAACCAGAGUUUUGGAAAGGAUAUGGGAGGUGAUGUACCCUUCAAAGGUACCUCCACUCGGUGAACCAGCCUUGCUAAGGUAUCUGUGUCCAAACUAUCACCACUCGACAUCAACACAGACGAUGAUAGAUAUGGUGCCAGACCUGCCAUUCUACAUAUGGCGCAAUAUACUCAAUUAUUACAUCUACAAGUUUUAUCGCUACAAUAUCAAAGUGGACAACCAAGAGCGCGCCAACGGUCUGAUCAUCCAGGAAUUGCUCGACCUGUGUAUGGUGUCCAAGACCUGGGCGCGACACGUCAUCCCCUUCCUCGACUUUGGCACCUACCACGUCACGUCAUCCGAGUCCCUUCGCCGCUUGCUCGGUCUUGUCACUACACAGGCUGAGGAGAGCGUGCCCUAUAGCAUCACGGCAAUGAAGCUCGACAUCUCGUCCGACCUCCUCUACUCAAUCAAUCAUCGUAGUCGACACACGUUGCUAAAGAGCCUCACCGGCAUGCGCCAGCUAAAGGUGUCAUUCGGCAGCAUCAACGUCGAGCACAACAGUCCCAUGUUGAAGCUGUUCCAUACGAGUCUGCAGGUCCUGGACCUCACGCGCUUCACUCAAGACUUUACAAGCUAUCCCACAAUCUUUGCCAGUCUACGCGGCCUCUCCAACCUGCACACGCUUAACCUUGGUCACAACAGGAUCGGUCCAAACAUCAUCGAUCACCUUGUGCCAUUCAUAGAUGAACGCUCAUCGCUAACCAACCUCAACCUGGAGAACAACCUGUUGGCCCACGAGGGUGGAGUGGCCCUGUUCAAGCUUCUUGCGAGACCAAACAAUAUCGCCACACUCAAUCUCUCGUUCAACCUCCUCAUGGACUCGGUCCAAUUUCUCGCCGACACGUUGCUUGGAGACUAUGACGACCUCAAUAUGGGCGCAAGGGCACUGCGCAAUCUGAACCUCGACGAGAAUGGCAUUGGUGAGGCGGGUGGCAUGGCGUUGGCCCAUAUAAUAGCCCAUUGUCGAGGCAUUCGCACGUUAAACAUUGGCAACAAUCGAUUUGAGAAGGCAUCGCUCAAUGCCAUAGUGGCGGCGCUCACUGACAACAACACGCUGUCCGACAUCACAUUGUCCUGUUACAACAACAAGAUGAGUGGACACUUGUUGGCCGCGUGCAUCAAGUCCAACACGACACUCAAGCAUCUGAACCUGAUGGUCAACGACCUGGGCGCCAUUGGCAACGAGUUGUUCCGCGCACUCGAGGGCAACCGAUCCGUGACCAACCUCAACCUCAGCUACACCAAGCUCAAGAACAACUCCAAGAGCGAGAUGGAGCGCAUGCUCGUCUCCAACACGAGCAUCACCCAGCUGAACCUCUCAUACGCCUUCUACGACUCGGACAUCUCGUGCAUCCUCCGCGCACUCACACUCAACAACACGCUCACCGAUCUCGAUCUCUCGCUCAACUCGAUCGAAGCUGCCGAGGGUGUGCUGCUCGGCACGAUGCUCCGCGACAACCAGUCCAUAACUCAUCUGAACCUGUCUGGCAACAUGUUAAAGAGUGGCGUUGAGGACAUCAUCCGCGCACUCACCUCCAACAAGACAUUGAGAUCACUUGUGUUGCGCAAGAACCAAGUUGGCACGGUCACCAAACGAUUGUUAUUCAAUCUUAUCUCGCAGAACAAUGUGUUGACGCAUCUCGAUCUCAACCAGAACCUUCUGGACGAUCAGGCCGGCCACGAGAUCGCAUGUGGACUGGCGCUGAACCAGACGCUGCUCUACCUGGACCUGUCGUGCAACAAGUUCCAAGAGGCAUCGGGCGAGAGCUUCAUCCAGACAUUGAGCAACAACAAUAGUUUACGCCACAUCGAUCUUGUUGGCAAUCUAUUCGGUCGAUACCUAUCCAAUGAGUUGGAUCAGAGGUACAGCUUCGUGCACAUCGAGAAUGAUAAGAAUGGACUUAAACUCAAGGCCACUGUUAGUACAUUCGCUGUUACAGUUGGACCUGCUGCUCCAGGUGGUGGUGUUGGUGGUCAACCAAUGGGUAGA